AACUCAACUCAGAUAUGAACAAGUGAAGCUUCCGAGUCAAUCCAUAUCACCUUUAUAAUUCCCCCCUAUAAAAACCCUCCCAUUUAACCCAUUUCUCACAUAUUCUCAACACACAACAAAUUAAACAAUUUUAUUUUAGCACUCUCAAAUUUUACUCAACUCUGCCAUUUAGAUUCUUUGUUUAGCACCUGAAGCAAUGUUUCACAACAUAGUUGACGCUAUCACUGGUGGUGACAGUAAUGGUCACAAGAAGAUAAAUUGUGACAAGAAGAUCACAGGAACUGUUGUUUUGAUGAAGAAAAAUGUUUUGGAUUUUAAUGAUUUUCAUGCCUCGUUUCUUGAUCGAGUUCAUGAGUUGGUUGGCCAUGGAGUUUCUCUGCAACUCAUUAGUUCUGUCAAUACUGAGCCCACUGAGAAUGGUCUACAAGGAAAAGUUGGAAAACCUGCAUAUUUAGAAGACUGGAUUACUACUUUUACUUCCCUAACACCCGGCGAUUCAGCAUUCAAAGUUACAUUUGAUUGGGAUGAUGAGAUUGGUAUUCCAGGAGCAUUCAUUAUAAGAAAUAACCAUCACAGUGAAUUCUACCUGAAAAAUCUUGUUCUUGAUGAUGUUCCUGGCCAAGGAAGAAUCCAUUUCGUCUGCAACUCGUGGGUUUAUCCUGCCAAACAUUACACGAAAGAUCGAAUUUUCUUUACCAACAAGACAUAUCUACCACAUGAAACGCCGGUGCCGUUGCUCAAGUAUAGGGAGGAAGAGCUUUUGAGCUUGAGAGGAGAUGGAAAAGCAGAGCUCAAAGAAUGGGACCGUGUCUAUGACUAUGAUUAUUACACUGAUCUAGCAGAUCCAGAUAAGGGGCCAAAGUAUGAUCGCCCAAUUCUAGGAGGUUCUGAUGAUUAUCCUUAUCCUCGAAGGGGAAGAACUGGCCGAAAACGUGCAGAAUCAGAUCCUAAGUAUGAGACCAGGCUGCCACUUGUCCUGAGUUUGAACAUAUAUGUUCCUAGAGAUGAACGAUUCGGCCACUUGAAGUUGGCUGAUUUCCUAGCUUAUGCUUUGAAAUCCAUUGCUCAAUUCAUCAAGCCUGAGUUUGAAGCUUUAUUUGACAAGACUCCUGAUGAGUUCGACUCCUUUGAUGAUGUACUGAAACUCUAUGAAGGAGGGUUUAAGCUACCCGAAGGUCCCCUAUUAGAUAAUAUUUUCAAAAACAUUCCACUCGAGAUUCUCAAGGAAAUUUGGCGGACUGACGGGGAACAAGUUUUCAGAUUUCCAAUGCCUCAAGUAAUUAAAGAGAGCAAGACUGCUUGGAGGACUGAUGAAGAAUUCGGCCGAGAAAUGCUGGCUGGUGUUAAUCCUGUCAUCAUUCGUCGUCUUGAGGAAUUCCCUCCUAAAAGCAAGUUAGACAGCAAAAGUUAUGGUGAUCAAAACAGUAUAAUUUCUGAAGAGCACAUAAAGCAUAACCUAGAUGGACUUACCAUGCAUGAGGCACUCGAGAGCAACAAGCUUUACAUUUUAGAUCACCAUGAUACAGUGAUGCGGUAUCUCAGGCAGAUAAAUGCUACAUCCACAAAGAUAUACGCAUCAAGAACGCUGCUCUUUUUGAAAGAAGACGGAACUCUGAAGCCAGUUGCAAUCGAAUUAAGCUUGCCUCAUCCCGAGGGAGAUGAAUUUGGUGCCAUUAAAAAAGUUUACACUCCAGCAGUAGAUGGUACUGUUGAAGGUUCCAUUUGGCAACUAGCAAAAGCUUAUGUGGCCGUAGUCGACUCUGGCGUUCACCAACUCAUCAGCCAUUGGUUACAUACUCAUGCAACAAUGGAGCCAUUUAUUAUAGCAACAAAUAGGCAUCUUAGUGUGCUUCAUCCUAUACACAAACUUCUUCAUCCUCAUUUCCGCGACACAAUGAAUAUAAACGCAGUUGCUCGACAGAUACUCGUCAAUGCUGGCGGAUUGCUCGAGUUUACAGUUUUUCCUGGAAAGUACUCCAUGGAAAUGACAUCUAUAGCUUACAAGGACUGGAAUUUCACAGAACAAGCACUUCCUGAAGAUCUGAAGAAGAGAGGAAUAGCAGUUGAGGAUUCAGAAUCUCCACAUGGCGUCAGAUUACUGAUAAAAGACUACCCUUAUGCUGUUGAUGGGCUAGAAAUAUGGUCGGCAAUCAAAGAAUGGGUGAAAGAUUAUUGCUCUGUGUACUACGCGACAGAUGACAUGGUUAGAAUGGAUUCCGAACUUCAGUCAUGGUGGAAGGAAAUCCGCGAGGUCGGCCACGGCGACAAGAAAAACGAGCCAUGGUGGCCUAAAAUGCAAACAAGAGCAGAGCUAAUUGAAUCGUGCACCAUUAUGAUAUGGAUAGCAUCCGCUCUCCAUGCAGCAAUCAACUUCGGUCAGUACCCUUAUGGAGGCUACCUCCCAAAUCGGCCCAGCCUAAGCCGAAGAUUCAUGCCUGAAAAAGACACUCCUGAAUAUGAAGAGCUUAAGACAAACCCUGACAAGGCUUUCUUUAAAACUGUCACUGCUCAACUGCAAACUGUUCUUGGCAUUUCCCUGAUAGAAAUUCUGUCAAGGCAUUCAUCAGAUGAAGUCUACCUCGGCCAACGGAACACGCCCGAAUGGACGACGGAGACUAAAGUAUUAGAUGCAUUUAAACAGUUUGGAGAGAAGCUGGAAAAGAUUGAGGACAGAAUUAUAGAAAUGAACCAAGACGAGGGACUGAAGAACCGUGUCGGUCCGGUUCUAAUGCCGUACACCUUGUUAGCUCCUAGCAGUGAUGUGGGACUUACUGGCAGGGGAAUUCCUAAUAGUGUUUCUAUAUAAACCUUCAGGAUUUUUCAGUUAUAGUUUAGUAUUAGUUAGUUGCUAUUAUCAGUGUGCUUGUGUUUAGAUUAUUACAUUUUCAGCUUUCAAGUUGUUGAUAUAUGUAAUAAUAAAGCUUAUAUAAAUAAAACUUCAUAAUUGAUGCACA